CCCCUAACGGUUAGUCUCCCGAGUGUCUCCGGGGCUGUCGGCUGGUUCGUGUCGUAGUCCCGUCGUUGUGCUCGGCAUCGGCGCGUAAAAUUCGCCAGUGAAUUCUCGAGAUCCACGUCGCCCGCGGCCAUUGAACAUCGUCUGCCCGGGGAACAUGGUUAUGGACAACGACGCGCAGAAGGUUAUCGCCAUUUCUCUGGGAAAGAUAGCGACGUCUCGAGUUCAGCGUGGUGGGCCCAGUCUGCAUCGUAGCCUGCUCGUAGCCAGUGUACUGUACAAAGCCCGCACGACUUAUUUCGACGAUGCUCUGCAGACGAGCGGUGCGUCCUUUUCGCCCGUGGUGUGCGCGCCGUGCCCGAACGACGACGAGGCGGCCGAGCAGAUCGACGUCGAAGAGCCUCUCGCUAAGCCUAACCGGACGGUGACGUCGCCCGUGACGUCAGCGUACGAGGAUUGCGCCAGCACGGACGGCGGCGACGACAAGGAGAACGUGGAGCCGCCGACCGAAGCCUCGCUGUCUUCUGCCCGCUGCCUUAAACGACGUCGCACUCACGCCGAAGACGAGGACAGCGGUGCGAAGCGAAGUCGUCUCUGGAGGCGGUCUUCCUGCGACUCCGACGACUCCGAUCAGGAUGACCUACAGGAAGUGGACGCGAUGGAGGUCGAGUCCAUAUCGAACUUGGUUUUGGCCUUCAAUUCUGGUCUGAAGGGCCUCUCUUCGUCCUGGGAUAACUGCCAGCCGUCCUUGGAAGAAUCGCAGCUCCGACGGGGUGCCUCGUUGCCCGACAUGUGUUCGGCGCAAUCCGAUGUGCUCCGGACUGCGUUCUCAGCACCCGUGUUGGCGCUAACCGUCUGAGGUUCUUCCCCCAGUCUCUCAUCGCUCGCCUGUAAAUAGGACUCAUACGCCUUGUACAGAUGCCCACGUUUC